UUCCAGUAUUUACAUCUCGAAAAGAAAGAACGAUAGAUUAUGCUCGUAAAUCAGAUUCCCGAACGUGAUCUUGACGUUGCUGCGUAUUUUUGCUAUAUUGUGUAGCGCCAAUGGACACCUAUCCAUUACAUUUUGUUUCACAUUUCCCAGACUAGAGCAAUGAGAGCUAUUCGAUCUGCUAAUAUUUGAGUCUUGUGGUCGACCACAAAACAUUUUUCGUUACCCUCCCUCCUAUUUAUCGGGUUAACACUUUCAUGUCGACGGUGAUCGCGCGAUGAGUCCCGUCCUCCUCUUUCCCACGGACUGAUCGCUUUGUUGUCCGAACAGCCCGAUCACAGACCAGCAGUUUGAAGAUCAGUGAGCGUUUACCUUUCGAACUGUGAACAUCUUUUCGGUUUUUCUUCCGUUCCCGUGUUCGUUAAGUUUCAGAGGAAGAAGACGGACAAAUUGUGUGACCGUUUACGGCUUUAAAUUUAGCGGCAAUUUUCGUGUGGACAGAAAAACAAAAUGUCUGAAUUGUUAAUUGAUCCACCAGACGAUGUUACGAAAUGGAACAUUGUGCCUAGUCAGCGUGACAUUUUGCGGUCUGAUGAAGUCUUCCUUCGGCCCAAUUUUGUAGGCCGAUCUUAUCCGGAUCUGGAAACGUACGUGGACGUACAAUUUCGUCUCCUGGCAGAAGAUUUUGUGCAGCCGCUUCGACAUGGAGUAGCAAAAUUACUCUCGGGAAAAUUUCAACCUCGAGAUGUUCAGGAAUUGCGAAUAUAUGAAAAUGUCACCUUUAAACGAGGCGGACUUGUCCAAGAUCGACGAAGGGUGGUUCCGGAGCGGGAAUCAUCAUGGCGUAUCUACACUGUUAAUUUUAAGCAGCUACCGAGAGUCAACUGGAUCACAAGUCGGAGACUCAUUCAUGGAUCGCUCGUUUGUCUUUGGGAUCCAACAUCAAAUGAUCUCAUCGUAGCCAGCGUUGCACACAGUCACCCACAGGAAUUGGUUAGAGGCCAAGUUAUGUUAGCGAUUGAAUCCUUAGAUGAGCCAGACCACUUCCUCAAGAAGACGUACAUCAUGUUAGAAGCAGUGAUAUUCUUUGAGCCUUAUCGAGCUGUGCUUCAAGUACUGCAGAAGUUUACCAAGGAUUCUUUCCCAAUGCUUCCCUAUUUCCUUGGCACCCAGACGGAUCACACGCCUCCGUCUUAUCUAACACAGUUGUUUACUUACGUCCUGCCCAACAGUGAAGGCUCGUCUCUAGGCAUUGAAAACCUGGCUGAUUUUUCUGCGUGGCCAAAUGCAAACAAAUUAGGCUUAGACAAGAGGCAACACGAAGCUCUGUACACGGCUCUUACCAGCCGAGUGGCUUUGAUUCAAGGGCCACCUGGAACCGGGAAGACUUUCUUAGCCCUCCGAAUUCUACAAACGUUGCUGGCCAAUAAAAGCUUUUGGCAAGGAACAAAUUAUGGAGAACAAAGUGCAAAAUUGCAAAUUUCUACGCGCGGAAUUAGUAGUAGGCGCCAAAAUUGGCACGUUAAAAACAAAAUUUUCUGGGAGAACUACUGGGGAGAUUGGCGCGACGAUCGAGCCCCUGUUGUUGUCAUCUGCUUUACGAAUCAUGCCCUCGAUCAAUUUUUGGAAGGUGUCCUUCGUUCGACCGAUAAAAUAAUAAGAAUUGGAAGCCAAUCCAAAUCGCCCAUCUUGGAGAAUUUCUCUUUGCUGAAAGUGAAAUCCAAAGUCAGGGAGGCUCAGAAUAACGGACCGUAUUCAGAGACCAACUAUCUUUAUUAUUUUCACAAAAUGAAAAAGCUUCGAGUCAAUAUGGAGAUGCAAAUUGGUUUCAUCCAACAAAAUAUUCGCAAAACUUAUUCUGAGAUCUUCCAAAUCGCUGACCUGAAACGACGAGGUGUCAUCAGCGCUGAAAUUUGCGAUGUCUUUGAGAAAGCCGAAAGACAUUGGGUCAAGCGCAAACGUAAAGAAAAUGUUCUGGAAUGGUGGUUAGGCUGGAAUAACCACCGGCAACUUCUCAAAGUAUUCCGAGAGACGCGAAUGGAAAAUCGAAACCAAAUGUGUGAAGUGUUCGCUGUCAUUACGGCGGAUAAAAGCGAUUCAGCCGAUGAUCAACAUCUAGAAGACAAUUGUGAAGAAUCCGAUUUGACCGCUAUUGACUCAGUUGAGGACAUUUUUAUAGAUGACGAAGACUUUCAAGAAGAGCUUCGUGUAGCGCAAGAAAAAACGAAAUUAAAAACUACGCCUGAUGAAGGCUCUGAGAAAAAAGACCCAAAAUUACAUUUUGACAAGACGGCAGUAACUUUAGAAGAGGGAACGCUCAUCGAUUUUGCAAACAAUCAAUUGCACCGAAUGGAGUUCGUUCGGGAUUUACUUUCAAAGAUCCCAAACGAUGCCGGUCUAGAGAAGAGUUUUCAUGGCAGCCAAAUCACGACCAUGCCCUUAAGACAGCGUUGGAUGUUGUUUGGAAAAUGGAAACGUGUCUAUCGGGAAAUGAUUGAAAUGGAUCUGCGCAAAUCUAAAGAAGAAUACGAGUCGCAAAUCAAAGAGUACAAUCAACUCAAAGGCCAAGCCCUAGCAGCCCUUUGUCGAACUGCGGACGUCAUCGGCAUGACAACCACCGGAGCAGCCAAAAACCGCUUGCUACUGGAGUCACUUAAAGCGAAAAUUGUUAUAGUAGAAGAAGCAGCCGAAGUGCUUGAAACGCAUAUUGUGUGUUCACUGACACCUGAUUGCCAGCAACUGAUUAUGAUUGGGGACCACCAGCAGCUACGACCGUCGGUAAACGUGUACGAUCUAGCGAAAAAAUAUCAACUGGAUGUGUCUUUAUUUGAACGUCUCAUCUUGGGCGGCCUAAAAGCUGUUAGACUGGGCGUCCAGCACCGAAUGCGACCCGAAGUAGUGCGACUCAUCGUUCCUGCCAUCUACGAAGAAUUGGAAAAUCACUCUACCGUCUACGAUCACCCCCAUGUUCCGGGAAUGCAGCAUGAUGUCUUCUUUUACCAUCACAAGUAUCCGGAGCAGGAAGACGGAAGUAGCUUUUACAAUCGUCAUGAAGUCGAUAUGUCUCUCCGAUUGGCUAUUUAUCUCAUCCGUGAACAGAAAAUCUCUCCCCAACAAAUAACCAUCUUAGCCACAUACACCGCCCAGCUUCAUCAGUUUUUGAAUUCGCGCAAAUCUUACGCAUUACUGGCGGAUGUCCGUAUAACGGUCGUCGAUAAUUUCCAGGGUGAAGAAAACGAUGUCAUUAUUCUUUCGCUGGUGCGAAAUAACAGCCGGAAUUCUGUCGGCUUCCUCCGCACUGCUAAUCGCGUUUGUGUAGCAUUGUCUCGUGCCCGAAACGGCCUCUACAUUCUCGGGAAUAUUCGUAUGCUAGCUACUGCAAGCCCUGUCUGGGCUGACAUGGAAAAAGUGUUGAAAGAACACGACCAAAUCGGCGAGGAGAUUCCACUGCGAUGUGACCGCCACCAUGACAUCGUCCGUAAAGUCAAACGGUCCAGUGAUUUCCCUAUUGGAUCGUUUUGUCGCGAGUUGUGCGGCGCAGAGCUUCAGUGCGACCACCUUUGCAAAAUCAUCUGUCACCCGGAUGAACUACAUACAAGCAGUUGUCCCGAAAUAAUCACCAAACUAUUGGCCUGCGGACAUAGCUAUUCUGGGCCCUGCUCAAGAAAUUCCGAAAAGGUGUCCUGCCAAGAGAUUGUGAUCGUGACUAAGGAGCCGUGCAUGCACGAACUUAAAAUUCCAUGUUCCAAGCUACAAAAAGGCGAGUUCCCAGGCUGUCCUUUCCCGGAGAUGAAGAAACUUCCUUGCGGACACAUCCAGCAGCUUCCGUGCUCUACGCCGCUUGAUGCCUCUCUCUGUGAUACGCAAGUGGAGUUUGAGAUGUCGUGCUCGCACCUGAAAACAAUUCGAUGCGGUUUGCCAGCAGACGAUCGACAAAAGCUAGCUGCUUACUGUACGGAGCUUGUCCGUAAGAAACUUUUAUGUGGCCAUCCGAAAUGGAUGAAAUGCAACGAAGAUCCGACGGAAUUGGACUGUGGCGUUGACGCUGAACGUCUUCUGGAUUGUGGGCAUCUUUUCCAGUAUGCUUGCCCCGGGAAAUCCAUGGAUGCAUUUAUUUUAUCUUGUGAGCGCACUGUCGAUCAACAAAUGCCAUGUGGCCAUACGCAGAAAAUUACGUGUUCUAAACCGCUUACACGAUGCCUUCAAGAAAUCGUCCGAGUUCUCGAAUGUGGGCACAGCGUUAAAAGCGCGUGCUGGAACACUACACCAACCUGUACGGCGAUUGCAGAGAAGACAUUGGCGUGCGGCCACCAGCAGUCUGUCCAAUGCAAUAUCGACUCGGUUGUUUGCAUCGAACUGGCCAAAAUUCCUCAUCCCGUUUGUUCGCAUUUACAAUUCGUUCCUUGUUUGAUGACCAAAGAUGAAACUUAUUUGCGCAACUUGAAAUGCAAAACGGAGGCAUUGAAAAUGCUAAACUGUGGGCACGAAGUUCUGUUUCCUUGUUCCCAGGACAUCGAUGAAAACCUUGUCUGUACUUCCUCGAUUAGUUUUACGCUUCCGUGUAACCAUACGGUCAAAAUUCCAUGCAUUUCGAGUGACAGCACGAAAAGAGAAAUACAGAAAAAGGAGAAAUGCAAAGCGAAAUGCAGAGCCCCUCUUGAUUGUGGCCAUUGUUGUUUGCUGCGUUGUCACGACCAGACAAUUGCACAUGUUUGCAAUCAAAUAGUUUCAAAACAACUGGAAUGCGGUCAUUAUAUGGAAAUGCCAUGUUCCUGCCAACCGUUCGAGGUAGUCUGUCGAGAAGCCGUCUCCGUUCAACGUGCUUGCCGUCAUGCGUGGAUGACCGAAUGUGAUACUUAUAGGUCUUCGAAAGACGUGCCCGUCUGUCGUGAACUAAUAAUGAAAAAAUUGCCGUGUAAUCAUUCGGCCAAGGUGGAAUGUUCCGCAUCGACUGACGAAAUUUUCUGCAACGAGAAAUGCGAACAUGUCCUUGCUUGUCAACACAGUGUACCUACUAGAUGUGGAGUCUCGCUGAAUAAGAAGCAAUUGCUGACCUGCCCUAUAAAAGAACUGAAAAAAUUGCCGUGCGGUCACAUCUACACAUUCGAUUGUGGAUCCUAUGAAGCUAGCAUACAUCUAGAUAGCUUUUACUGCAGGGUUAUGGUGGAGAAGGAGGUCCCGAAAUGCGGUCAUAAAGUCACGAUUGAGUGUGGAAAGCAAGUGUCCAAAUACGACUGCCAACAAGAAGUCGAGCUGGAACACAUAAGUCUUUCUUGUGGUCAUUAUUUACGAGGGAACUGUCGACUUCGUUAUGCUGAUAAAACUGCCAUUGUGGAAGCUACGAUGAAAGCGGCAAAGUGUAUUGGUCGUUGCGGAGCAAAACUCGCUUGCGGUCACCAAUGUACCGCUCGCUGUCACGAAUGCCAGGCGAGCGGACUCCAUUCAGUCUGCACUCAGCGUUGUAAUCGUGCUCUUAUAUGCGGGCAUAUGUGUGAAGCCAAAUGCACUAAAGUGUGCCCUCCGUGCAAGAAACCUUGCGGAUACCAAUGCUCACAUCAAAAGUGUUCAGCAUCAUGUGGCGAUGAAUGUUCCAUGUGCAUGAAAACCUGUGGCUGGAAAUGCCAGCACGCGAAAUGCAGUCAUCCUUGUUACGAAUUUUGCAAUCGGGAGCCAUGUGACGAGCCUUGUCACAAAACCUUACCUUGUGGACAUCGAUGUGACAGUGUCUGCGGUGAAAAUUGCCCGCCAAAAUGUUUGUCUUGUUCUGGUAAAAAAAUACCAAACUUCAAUCAGAGAUCCAGGUACAUUUAUCUGGAAUGCGACCACUGGAUCAAAUUGAAGGAAAUGGACGAGUGGGUGAAUCGAAAGGAUGAGAGUGAAGAGCCCAUCCGCCAAAUCCGUUUCCCUUCGUGUCCGCAGUGCGGAAAGGCGAUCCGACAGUGUUUCCGCUAUGGUGACCAAAUCAAAGCCUUUUAUUUGGAUUUGAUUGGCGUAAAAUGGGUCUUUGUCAAGGACGACACGAUCCGCAUUGUCGAAAAAAUCAAGCAAGCACUGAACAAAUGGAAACCGCAAAUAGCGGAAACAGAAGAUGACGACCGCAUCAAGUCAACUUUUUUUCGUCUAGAGUGUCGUUCUAAGUGCAACACUUUGAGUAGCGAUCAACGUUGGGACCUGAUUUAUCGGAUUCAUUUAAUCUACCUAAUGUCUUGCAUGCGCAACGAUUCAAAGAAGAAAUACGCGAUGAAAAAGAAUGGGAAAAAAGAAGAAUUUAAUCUAAACGAGUCAUCAGUGGAACACAUUCUGUGCGAGAUUUCCAGCGCAUUCCUUUACAUGGAGAAAAAUUCGAAUUCGGGCUUUGGUUACUAUUUCGACUUGUUCGUUGCGUUGAAACGGCUGGAUUUGUAUCGACAAUACUACGCUGUCAAUUCCCUGUCGGAAAGACUCCCGAAAUCUAAUCGCGUCAAUCAAAAGCAACUGGAGAAAGUCGCCCAUCUUCUAAACAACAAUCAAAGAUUGACCGAUGCUGAAGAAAAUUUUCUUGUCAAUUGGUUCGAAGAAAAAUCGGCUUUUUACGGGAUUAAUUUGACCAGUUCAAUGAGUUCAUUCAAUCGUGCUAACGUCCAGCUCGUACAACGUCUAGACAUGAGCAAUGAUACGUGGUACAAGUGCACUCUAUCUUUUUGUGAGGCUGUCUUCUCUAAAACUUGCGACAAAAAAUGUCCCGAAUGCUUGGACUGAUUGGCUUGAUUCAGUUAAGUUUUCUUUAUUGUUUAAGUUGUUUAAAACUGCGGCAGUUCCAUUUGCGUCAUGUUUCAUCAUUUGCUGCUCAUUUUAAGCGCUUUAAGUCUACCAAGAUAAUCGAAUACAGAUAUUUUGAUGAA